AACCGCAAAAAAAUGGUCAAAAGAGUUAAAAGAUUAACCCUACUUCAUUACAAAACGAAAAAAAAAUGCCAUUGUGUUGCAGGAAAACGAAAGGCAUCUUUUAUUUUGAAGGCGGCGAGAAAGUGAACCUGUCCAAUCAGAGCAGACGGAUCCAGGAAGGAAGUGUCCCCCAUGCAGAACAGUUGUUGCAAUAAUAUGAAAAGAACUUCCUUAUAAUUCAGUGCAUGUGUUUCCUCGUACAAAUGCUUCAUCUGCAAGGCGAAAAAUUACAGAAAGAAAAAAGAGUUUAAGAUGGGAUACAUGACAGUAGAGGAGCACAGCUCCACCCUGCUCCACCUGAAGAGAUCUCCGGGCAUUCGUUCCUGGUCUCUUCUUGUCGGUAUAGCAUCUGUUGGGCUGGCAGCUGCCUACUACAGCUCAGACAGCAUCUUGUGGAAGCUUUUCUACGUGACCGGCUGUCUGUUUGUAGCCAUGCAGAACAUGGAGGAAUGGGAGGAGGCUGUGUUUGACAAAACCAAGAACCUGAUUGAGCUCAAGACGUUUAGCUUGUACGCUCUAGUCCUGACGUUGUGGAAGAAGGGUCAGGAGAGAGUUGUGUUGGAUCUGACACAGCUGUGUGACGUCUGCGUCCAGGAAGAGAAGGUUCGCUAUUUGGGGAAGGGCUACUUACUGAUGCUGCGGCUGGCUGCCGGCUUCUCCUACCCCCUGACUCAGAGUGCCACACUGGGGGGACGCAGCGAUGUGGAGGCGUUGGCUGCAUUACUGAAGCGCUUCCUGGGGCUGGAGGAGCUGCAGCAACGCAGGCAGCAGGAGGAAGAGGCAGAGUACGGAGGGGAGGAAGAUUCUUUGGACAACAACAGCAGCGAUUCGGACGAUCAAGCAGACAAACUCUGAUCUCCGUGUGACUUGCAACCAUCAUUCAUUUAGGGGUGAAUGGUAUUGCUUUGGCAUUACAGAGGAAGCCUAUUAUUAGUGAUGCCCUCACUACAUGUUAUACUUUUAGCAUUUGUAUGAAAUACCAAGAAGAUAGCCUCUUUCGGUUUCUCCUCACAGACUUCCUUCAUCAUAUUUUUUUUUUUUUGUAUGUCAGUUGGGGUUAUGGCAGCCUCAGGAGGCUAUAGUAAAAUGUUUUUUUAUUUACUUUUCAUGUGAACUGGGAUAAAGAAAUCCACUUAAAUGUUUUGUCAUGCAAAUAUUUCAUGGUUUAGUCAAAGAUUUCUACAACAGUUCCAGGGAAUAUGGAAAAAGAGACUUGUAUUGUACUGUAAAUGCAGCCCACUGGUAACGAAUAGCAUGUCUAAGCUUUUUGUAAUUACUAUUUUGGGAAUACACUCCAGAUUACAGAUUUACAGUGCCUUCCUACUAAUAAGUGUUUUGCGUUUAGGUCAAUGGAAAGUGCUUUCCCCAGUUUUUUUGGACCACCCAGUCGAUAAUCACCUUUGGCAUGUUUAUUCAUACCCAGUCCGCAAUCCGGAUGAAAGCAUGUGCAAACUGCAAUUAAGCAUGAAUGAUUUUUCAUGGCUGAAUCAAGAGUUAAUUAUACGUGAAAUGAGUUGAGCUGUUGUUGUUCUGUCUUUUAACAUUAACAAACUUUUUUUGUGUGAACCAAAGACUAAAUCUCAGGCAAACACUUUAGUGCUUUGGACCAACCAUUUCUUUCUGAAAUCAGGACUGUUUAAAUGGCUGAUGGUGAACGUCAUUGUGUUCUCUGCUUGAAAGAAAAUGAGAAGAUUUUUUUUCUCGGUUAUCUUUAUUGUCUUUGUUUUACUUUGAUACAUUUGAUUGAAUUAUAUAAAAUUGUUUUAUAUGUAAA